GGAGCGGGCAGUGGAGCAUCAGCUGCGAGCUGGGAGCCACCAGGCUUGGCUUUGUUUCAGGAGACAACAUGGUUUCCAUGAUGACAGCUCUGUGGCAAGUAAUUAUUCCCAUGAUUGUCCUUUCCCACUUCUCAGCAUCUCUGCCACCCUGGGAGAGGACGGAGCGCCACGCGGACGGACUCUUCCACAGCGAACUCAGCAAGAUGAACGGCAACGCUUACGUGCAGCAGCUGGUCAAGCACCUGGUGGGCCUCAAGGACAGGUCCCAGAGGCACUCGGAUGGGCUCUUCACCAGUGAGUACAGCAAGAUGAGAGGCAACGCCCAGGUUCAGAAAUUCAUCCAAAGCCUCAUGGGCCGCAAGCGCAGCUCUCCUGGCCCGGUCAACACAGACAUGCAGGGGAGAGAAGAAGUAAACAACCCUGAGGAACUUUGCUUUUUCUGGCUGUACCAGAGCUUUCUGAACACCAGCCGCUCGGACAGAGAUGCCAGGGAGGCUGCUGCCAUUACCAGCCAGAACCUUUGCCCCUUCUCUAAGCAGCUGUUUGCAGAUGUGACAGAAGAUACAGAUGGUUCUGAAUGAAGGUGAAGGGAAAGAAACGGCCAAGGAGACAGCUUUGUACAUGUAUGGCCUUGAAAAUAAACAGGGAAGCUCUUGCUUAGGAAAAACUCUUGAGAUAGGCAAAUAAAUAAAAAUAAUCCUGGAAAGCAGUAAAAAGCCAAUGAAACCUCUGAGAUUAUGCAAAGUGAAAUGUAUGUGGGUGUGUACUGCUGUCAGUAGAUGGAGCCUGGGUGAAGCACAUCCCUCCACUCUGUGUUGGCAUCUGACUGCCUGCUGCUGAUCCCAAAUAAAAAUGGUUAACUGUG